AUGCCGGAACGAGAUGUGGAGAAGCCCUUCCUGUUGUUCAUGUUCUUCAUCUCUGCCAGCUUCACCUACGGCGCCCUCUUGGUCUUUCCGCUGUACCAAGCCCUCGCGGCCUCCAAGGGGCAAGAGGAGGUUGACAGCGCGCAAGGGGGCAUCAUUUUGAUGGUGGCAAAGUAUUUGUCGAUCCUGACGCACAAUCUCUUGAGCCGUUGCUGGAAAAGCCUUCGAGGGCUGCAAUUACAAGUUUCCUGCUACCUCAUAUUCUCAGCUGUGUGCUUGUGUGUUGCUGCUUCACCUGUCGUGCCAGAGGCAGGCACAUUGAUUGCAGUGUCCUCCUUGUACUUCACAAACUCUAAUGUCAUCGCUGGCCCUUUGUGGCCAGUGCCUUCAGAAGAGCGCAGCAAGAUCCGGAUGCUUUUCUACUAUGCUUGCUGUCCUGCGGGAUGCUUAUGGACAGCAUUAGCAUCCAUGUGCCUUGCAAGGGAGGAAUACCACAGCAAUUGGGGCCUUCGAACUGCUGUGAUUGUUCUACCCCUCCUGGUGACUCUCCUCAGCUGGUUGAUGCUGCCUGCGGAGGGGUUCUGGACUGCGGAGCGAAUGCGUCAGAAGCAGCUAGAGAAGGAGGAAGAAAUGGCAGAGGAGCAGCGACAAUUGGAAGAGAAGAAGCGGCAAAAGGAACAAAAGAAGCAGCAGAAAAGGCCGAAAAUUGAAGAGGACGAUUUUGGAGAGGAGAAAAAGACUGAACCUGCAGAAGCAGCUCAAAACAAGGUUGAAAAGACUGAAUACCAUGCUGAAGCAAAAUCAAAGGAUGCAAAGGACGAUGCAAAGGACGAUGCAAAGGACGAUGCAAAGGACGAUGCAAAGGACAGCAUUGAAACAAAGCCCAGUCUGGGUGUGGUCUAUGAAGCGCCUCCACGACCUCCAGAAGUUGAAAGUCCAAAAAGUCCACAGUCAGGUAAAGCUUCGCCAGCUCCUCCUGAUGUUGGCAAUCUGUCUCCCCUCACAGGUCUUUUUAAACAAACCGCGAGAAUGUCCGUUCUACCACCACCUCUUGAAGGACUCCCUGCACUUCCGCGCCUCAGCGCUGCAGCCCGCGCCAGCCAACGACGGACGCGACGCCAUUCACAGUCACGACGGAGCUCACGGCAGUCCCGGCAGUCCCGAUUGUCCGCAAGCAGUCGAGAAUCCAGACCAACACGGCGCCGUAGCACCAUGGAACAGGUGAAAGAAACUUUCAAGGACCGCAAGACGGUGAUCACACGGAUGAGCUUCUACACGCCUUUGAACCCCGUCUUGCAACGCGAGCUCGGAAGUAUCUCAGCGGAUCGCGCAUCGGUGUUCCCCGGAGUUUUUGAAGGUUUCGACGAACUCAUCGAGGAGGGCCCCGCACACAACCCCUGGCGCAACUGUCGCUUUCGUGUGCUGGUUGGAACGCAGUGCGCAUCGCUCUACUGUGUCACAUUCUGGGGCUACAGUGUAUUUCCCAUGCUGAUCAGCGAGCAGGGCCCAUCUUUGGAGCUUAUCAGUUUUCUGUAUUCUUUGGAAGGAGCCGCUCAGGUACUUUGCACGGUCUUGAUCAUGCCCUUCCUGGACACGCGGAUGUUUCUGAAAUAUUUUUCAACGGCCUUCCUUUUGCUCCUGAGCGCUCCAAUCACCGUUUGCUUACUUGGGAAGAUCCAUUGGUUCUUCUACUUGCUCUGUUUGCUCAUGGUGGACGUCCUGCUGUGCGUUUGCAAUGCGCUUCUCAGUGUGGUGGUGUUGCGUAGCCUUCCCUGGGAUCAGAUCAUGACCUUCUACAACAUCGCCUGCACGUUGGGUGGAGUCUUGUCCGGGACCUCCUUCGUGCAAAUGCCACUGAAGGCGAUGGUCGGAAGCUGGGAAUUGGCGUCUGUGAUUGGUCAUGGCAUCCCUUUCCUUUUGCUGCUCCUGCUUUAUGUCACGCACAUCCAAACGAUGCGCGAAUUGUGGGAUCUUCUGCGGGAACCCGUGCGGCGGACCGAGUUGGGCGAUUGGGACCCAGAGGACUUAGAGGACGAUGAACUGGAAGAGAACCUGGAAGAAGGUCCAGAAAGACGUCCUUCCGUAAGUGAAGAAGGUGAAGGUCAAGACGGUUGGCGAGAGCCUCCUUCACUACUCACAGCUGACAAUGCUGACAAAGCCAAGGGAGAUGCGCUGGAGUGAAAGUGAACACGUCGGACAUCUCUCAGUAUCUCAGUGCUGGUGCUUACCGAGCUACCGAGCUACCGAGCGCGAGUUUGUACAGGUAACAUCUACAUAAAACCAAAUGACUGCGUGCAAUGUGCAGCAGUUCUGCUCAAAAUUGUACAGAUGCAGCAAGAAUUAGGCCAGCUUGGCAGAUUUGGGAAGCGCAUAUUUG